UAUGAGAAAGAAGCUAGUGACUUUGUGUCUUCUUCAUCAAGACGUUUAAGUGAUCCAUCUGAAAUGUUCUGCCCAUGUGUUCAUUGCCGCAAUGCCUGCCAUCAAUCUUGUGAGACAGUUUUGGAGCAUCUGGUGAUUAGAGGAAUGGAUCAGAAGUACAAGAGUUGUAUGUUUUGGACAAAACACGGGGAGACAAGACCUGAUAAGUCAGCUGAUGUCUACUCGUCUGAAAAUGAGGCUUACGAGUUGUUUAGAACAAUCUUCAUGGCAAGUGAAGGCAAUGAAGCAGCUGAAGAAGAGAAUGCAGGAGCGUCUGAGGGGACUGACAGGCCAGAAGAAGCUGAGUUCAGAAAGAAGUUAGACGAUGCAGAAACUCCGUUGUACCCGAAGUGUGAGAAAUUUACAAAGGUUGCUGCAAUCAUGGGACUUUACAGGAUAAAGGUCAAGAGUGGGAUGUCUGAGAACUAUGUUGAUCAGCUACUGUCGUUAGUUCAUGACAUGCUUCCCGGUGAAAAUGUUCUACCUAAGUCUACAGAUGAGAUGAAGAAGUUUCUGAAACAGUUUGGGUUUGGCUACAAUGUCAUCCACGCCUGCAACAAUGACUGUAUUCUUUAUAGAAAACAGUAUGAAGAUGCGGUUAGCUUUCCAAGAUGUAGUGAAUCAAGAUGGGAGAAGGAUAAGCAGACUGGUGAGGAGAAGAAAGGGAUUCCUGCUAAGGUGCUUAGGUAUUUCCCGAUAAAAGACAGGUUCAAGCGAAUGUUUAGAUCAAAGCGGUUGGCUGAGGACUUGUGUUGGCACUCCACUAAUGCUUCUGAAGUUGGAAUUAUGCGACAUCCAGUAGAUUCAUUGACUUGGGUUCAGAUAAACAACAAAUGGCCGGAGUUCGCUACUGAAGCAAGAAACCUAAGACUAGGUAUUUCAACAGAUGGCAUGAAUCCAUUCUCCAUCCAGAACACCAAGCAUAGCACAUGGCAUGUUCUAUUAGUCAACUACAAUAUGGCUCCAACGCAGUGUAUGAGGUCCGAGAACAUCAUGUUGACAAUGCUAAUACCUGGCCGAACCGCACCUAACAACAACAUUGAUAUAUAUCUACAGCCAUUGAUAGAGAAGUUGAAGGAUUUGUGGACAGAAGGUAUGGAAGUUUAUGAUUCCUUUAAGAAGGAGAGUUUUACUCUUAGAGCUAUGUUGUUGUGGAGUAUCACCGAUUAUCCUGGUUUAGGGACAUUAGCUGAGUGUAAAGUGAAGGGGAAGCAAGCGUGUAAUGUCUGUGGGAAGGAUACACCUCAUAGGUGGCUCAAGUUUAGUCGCAAACAUGUUUACAUGGAGAACAUGAAGCGGCUCAUGCCUAGUCAUCCUUAUAGACGAAGGAAAGGAUGGUUUGACAAUACAGUGGAGGUUGGUACUGCAAAGAGGAUUCAGAGUGUGGUGCAGAAAUCUUUGACAGUCUUAGGGACUUUAAAAACGAUUUUGAAAAAUAUUUACCUAAGAAGAAUAAGCGAAAAAGGAGUGAAACAGAUGAGGAUGAUAUUGUUUAACCUUAUUGGAAGGUAUGUUUUAUUUCAACAUUUGAGAAUAGAGCAUAUGAUAUCUGAAAUUGUUAAUAUCAUGUUCUGAUAAAUACUUGUACAACUUAUUGCAGGAUAUGCCUGUGAGGCAUAAAAUCGACGUCAUGCACUUGGAAAAGAAUGUGUAUGAUGCCCUGUUGUCUAUUCUGAUGUAUAGUUGCAAAUACAAGGAUGGCCUGAAAGCAAUAAAGGAUUUAAAAGAGAUGGGUAUUAGAAGCAACUUACAUACACAAGUAAGGGGGAAGAGAAUUUAUUUGCCUCCAGCUGCGUAUUAGCUUUCUAAAGAAGAAAUGUUGCACACACAUACAAGGGAUUUAUAGUUAAUGGACAUCGAUACCAGACAGACGAUGUCAAGCGGAAGACUCAGAACAGUGGGGUUUCAAAUGAAGCAUUUUCCAUGUGCAGAGCUAGUUCCAAAGAUUCGAAGCAAAUGGCAGACAUGGUAGCAUACUAUGGAGUCAUAAAGGAGAUCAUAUUGCUUGACUACCACAUGUUUCAGGUGCCUCUGUUUAAGUGUAGUUGGGCUCAUAAAGGGAAAAGAGUUAAAGAGGAAGACGAUUUUACACUUGUGAAUCUCCAUAUGAACCAGUCAUCAUUUGUAAAUGAUCCUUACAUUCUGCCUUCUCAAGCUAAAUAAGUUUUCUACUCUAGAGAGGAUGACAGCUCACCUUGGUAUGUUGUAAUGAGAGCACCACCGAGAGGAUACCAUGAGUUAGAGACUGAAGAGGAAAUUUGUCCGGCAACGUUAACAGCCAAGCAUGAAGAAGAUAUUGGAGAUCAAGCUUCUGAUGACGAGAGUUUUUGUGUUAGUAAUGAUUGUGAGGGUGUUCGAAUAUAUGAGAAAUGUUAAGUUUCUUGUUCCUUCAGGUAAUCUGCUACAAUGAAUAAAGUGCGUCAGUAAACGGCAAGCCGGCCUUGAUGUUAGUCCUGAAGUGUCUUUAACUACGAAGAAACAAGGGAAGAAUGGUCCAAAGGUGAAUGUGGAACUACAGUCACAGCCUAAAGAAAUGGAACAACAUACCCAUUCUGAAGAAGUCGAACAAGAAGCAGAACCCGUAGACGAUGAAACUCAACCACCCGAAGAAGAUAUAGACGACGAAACUGGACCACCCAAAGAUGAUAUAGACGAUGAAACCGAAGAAGAAGAAGGCGUUCCUCCUACAAUAAACGGAGUGAGCACUCCCUCUGUGACACAGACACAACAAUCCGAUAACCAAAUAAAGAAGACAAGAGGUCCAACAAAAAUGUGCAAAGUGGCAAAACAUAUAGAGGACAAGGUAAAUGUGGAGUUUAACUCUUUAGGAGAGCAUGUUGGUCGUGGAUCAGUGACAUUGUCCUCCUUCCUUGGUCCUCUUGUGAGAGAGCAUAUGCCUGUACUGCUAGAUGACUGGAGACAUCUCGAAGAGAAAACAAAAGACGCUUUGUGGGAGGAAAUUCAGGUAAUUUUGUUAACACUUUCAUUUGGAUUUAUGUAUAAGUAUUUAAAUUGAAUAUGUGUUACAGGGAAGAUUCAACUUGACAGAAGAAUGGCAAAAGGAUGUAGUCUUUAAGCAGAUGGGUUGUUUGUGGAGGGCCUAUAAAUUUAGACUCUCUUCCAAAGUUAGAGCAACAUAAAACAAGGCUCAACUACAGAUAAUUAAACCCAGCAACAUACAAUCUGCAACAGCUUGGAACAAUUGGGUGAAAGGAAGAUGUACUACAGCUUUUCAGGUAAUAUAUAUUGUGUCUUGCAUAGGAUCAAUUGGGUUAUAUAAGUAGAAUUAAUUUCAAAUGGUAAUUAGUUUAGGUAGGAACAAAGUGUUAAAUAUAGGGAACUCAGGAAGGGUCAAAUUCCUCACACCACUAGCCGUAAAGGCAUGAAUCGCCUUGCAGAGGAGAUGGUAUGUUUUUCAAUUUGAUAAAAUUAGUAUGUUUUUCAUUAGGAAAUCAACAACUGUUGACAUCAAUUUCAUUUAACUUGUAGAAAAAAAAACAGUUCUGAUCUUAAGCAAGUUACCAGGUAACUAAGGUUUGGGUAGCUGGUCAUACGCAUUCUGAUGGAAGACCCGUACGUCACGAAUUCGCAGAUACAAUGUAAGAUUAAUUUUAAUAAUAUUAACUUUGUUUUUAAAGUACAUUUUACAUAAAUUGUGGAAAUUUUGAUUGCAUGAGAAGAUAAAGAGAAUUGACAGUGAAAUGGAAUCAAGUUCAGCAGAUAAAUCCGUGAAGAUGCUGUCACUCAAGUUCUAGGAAAGGAUAAACUAGGAAGAAUUAGGGGGAUGGGACGAGGGGUUACUGCCACCAAGUUGGCAUACUUACAUGCUAGGGAUUCACAUGUCCAGAAGCUUGAAGCUGCUCAAGCAAAACUAAUCAAUAAGGUUGAAGAUUUGCAAAAUGUGGUUAAAGACUUAGCCGGUAAAAAGGUAACUUCCUUAUUCUUGUUUUUUAAUUAUUCAAACAUCUGUGAUCUAUAAGGUUUUAAGUUAAAUGUUUUUGGUUAUUGGGUUAGCAAAAAAAUGGAUAUGAUUCUACUUCUGAGUUAAGCGAUGUGAGCAAGGGAGGAAUAAGGUGCCAGCUACUGGAUUGGGUUUCGACUGAUGAUUUGGUUGUUGCUGAAGGAGAAUUCUACUCUAGUGAACGGACAUAUAAGAUUGGUCGAAUUCCACUGGGUCCUAAUGCGGCUGCUGUUGUAGUGAAGUUUGUAUCAGUCGUAACAGUACCUAUAUGGAGACUUACUCCAACUUGUGUAUCGCUUACUCAGGCUGUUGGGGUCAAAAUUGCAUGGCCAUCUGAGAAGCUCAUCUUGGACGAUGCUAUUGACUUAUCAAACAAUGGUAACACUGACGGGUCAGAGGUAAAUAUAAUCCGCUUUGUCUUGUUUGAUAAUCACUUUAACUUUUCUAAUGGAAAAUUUUGAAUAUAUUUUGCAUGAUUCAGGCUAUAGCUGCAUCUUUAGGAAAAGUUCAAAUAUUUGAUUACUGGAAAAUACAAGAUGAGUUGAUUGCUGAGGGUAUUGUUGACAACUGAACCUACUCAACUCGUCAACCAAAUUCCCCUGGGACCGAAUGCCGCAGUUCUUAGAGUCGAACUGGUUUUUAAACCUGAUGCCUUUAUCUGGAGACCGACGCCUGAAAUGACAAAGAUGGGUGAUGCAGUACACGGGACAAUUGCAUGGCCUCUAGAUAAGCUAGGACUACCUGAUCAACGUUCACCUACUGAAACAAACAAGAAAUCCAAUCAGGUAAGUUAGUAAAAUCUGAGAAUGGUAUUAGAUAUUGUAAUGUCUUAAAUUUGUUAGGUUUCUUGUGAUGAUAUUGUGAUGAAUGCGUUUGUCAUUUUUGGUUUUAGAGUGGUAGUAACAGCAGUGGUAGUAGCAACAAAGGUGGUAAACAGAAGUGCGCUCUCUUGGACUGUCAUAACUCAGAACAGAGAGUUGCUUUAGGUCGUGUGUACUCAACUGAUCCAGCAGAGAAGGUGCAUUUUGUCCCUUUAGGACCCAAUGCUUCGAAGGUCUGGGUAUAGGUUUCCGAGUUUGAUGGGGCACGAGUGUGGAGGCCAAACUCUGAAAUCGAAUUCAUUGGUGAUGCAGUAGAAAGCACCGUGGCUUGGCCAAAUGAUAAGCUUGUUUAUAUCUAAGACAAUUAUGUUGCUUUAGUGUGAACUUUUAAUGUUUGUAGUGUGAACAACUUAUGUAAUCUGUUUAUGUUGAAUCUUUGAAGUUUAUGUUUCUUAAUAUAAAUUGAUGUUUUGUUUCAAAAUCCAAAAUUCGAGUGUGUAUAAAUAUAUAAAUAUAAUAUAUAUAGCACUUAUGUAACUGCUAUAGUAGUUUUAACAAUAACAAAUCGAAAACGCUGUUAAUAAUAUAAGUAAUAGCAUUAAUUAUACGCUAUUAAAUAAUUUUUAAUUGCAAAUAGAAAAGCGCUAUAGUAUCGGAAGAAAAGAUAGCAGCGCAUAAACCUGCUAUGUCAUUUACCUAUUAUGAUGGACGAUGAUACAACGCUUCAAAAACCACUAUAGUAUCGUUAUAUAGCGUUAUUUGUACGCUAUUAAAACACAUUUUUCUUGUAGUGUGUUAUCACGAAUAACAAAAUGAAUCACGAUUUAAGUGUAUUCUCCUGUCUUUAGUCAGAUAUUUAGAAUCAUAAAUCUUUUGACCAACGUAUCUUAGUUAUUUAGAAGCACAGCAGGAGGUUUUUGCUAGAAAAGCGAAUUAGGUGGUAUUGGUUACCGAGGAAAGGGAAAUCAUAUUUGCAAGUGUUUAGCAGAAAUAUGUAAUCUCAAUCUGAUAAACAAAAUAAAUAUAAUUUGAAGUUUGUGUUAGAGAAAGGUCUAAGAAGAAGAAGUCGAAAACAAGUGGAUACUACUCCUCCACCCCUUGAUGUCUUUGUAAUUCUCUCAUCAAUUAUUACUCUAUAUAUAUAAACCGAUCGAUUGUGUUUUUUGUUUGGUCCAUUUGUUCUAUCUUUCAAUAUCAAAGGUUCCUAUCGUGAAAAAUAUGAGAGCCAUGGCCCCUCCAGUUCCACUCCAUUUUGUUACUAUGUAUAUAAUUUAUAUAGUACAGUGAUUAAUCCGUCCAGUAUAGUUUCCGAGCUUCUUUUGUUGACUUAAUAAUUGAUCACCAGGACACACAUACUUCACCGCUGUAGAAUUCCUCUACUUUUCGUUAACUGUCCAAUGUUUUAUCUAUGCAGAACCCUUCUCUCAUUUUAUCUCCAGAAAUUAUACAAUAUACAGUUUUUUUUCCUUCCUCUUUUGCUAUUUUUAAUCUCUUAUAUUUUGUUAGCAUCGUGGACUAUUUUCGGAUCACGCGUCAAACUUUUAAACAUGUAAAUCCUACCAGAUUUUAUCAUCGAUAUUUUAUUUUUAUUAUUUUUCAUAAAUAUAUAAAUGUACUUAGCAUUGGGUUUAUAUACUUUUCAUAGACUUGAAUUGUUUUUUAGAGCAAGAAAAUGAUAACUAUGUUCUUUUAGAUUAAUAUAUAUUUUGUGCCAGUUUUGUCUAUAAUACCUUUUAAUAUUUUUAAAAAUAAAUUUAAUAAAUAGUUUUACAAACAAUUCUUUUGGAAAAAUAGUAAUUAUUGAUAAAAUACCUAUAUGAACUUAGUGGUAUUUUUUUAAAUUCUAAAAAUGUUUAAAUCAAAAAUUUCAGAUUAUGUUCUAAAUAAAGUAGAAAUGACAUUUUAUGAAGUAAAAAACGAAAUCCACUUCUACAGAUUUACUGUCAAUCUAAAACAUGUAGAAAUCAAAAUAUACACAUUACUAUUUUUUUUUUUUUGUCAUCAAUUUUACAGACUCAUAUUGACUCUGUGAACCACAUUGGGAGAUAUUGAUCCAUGUGAACUACAAAAGACGUUUCCUUCCUAGCGCUUCUAGCUAAGCUAUCCGCCUUCUUGUUCUGUGUUCUUGGUACAUAGAUAAUCUCUGCACUUGUAAAACUCUCUUUCAGGAUGUGUAUAUCUUCCAAAUAACUUGCAAACGCUGGCCAUUCUUCUGAUUCCGAAACCAUCUUCACCAGUUGAGAACAAUCCGUUGCAAAUGUAACUUGAAAUUGUCUUAAGUUUUUCAUGCAUUCCAUAGCCCAUAGUAAAGCUUCCAUCUCUGCAUGGAGAGCAGUGAGUGAAGCGCGGACAUUCCUUGCUCCCAUUAGUCCCGCAAAUCCUUCUAAUGUGCUGUACCACCCUUGACCUGAGAAACUUUCAUUUUCUUUCCAGGAUCCAUCCGUAAAACACCAUCUUCCUGGAAUUGACGGAACAAUAGUAGCCUCUAUAUGUGUCGUCCUCUUUUUAUCAUUCAAUAUUUGUGCCUCCGCCCAUAGUUUUGAUUCCGUUUCCGCCAGUUUAAGAGUAUCCAUAGGAUCCACAUCAACAUUACUAAAUAUUUUAUUAUUUCUUCCUUUCUAGAUAUACCAAAGUAUCCAGGCAAACUGAUGAUCCUCCAUUUGUGGGACUACUCUCCAAAAGAGAUGAUCCAUAUUCACAAAUAGAGAGCUUGUGGGGAACAGAGCUGGAUUUGUUGGGAUCUUCGAAAGCGCCCAUACCUGAAGUGCAGGGGGACAUUCAAAAAAGACAUGGUUAAUCGAUUCCUCAUCUGCUCCACAUCUUGGAAAACAUAUAUCUCCGGGUAUCCCUCGCCUAUGCAGAUUUUUCUUAACGGCUAUGCAUCCUGUCACCAAUUGCCAUAGAAAAUGUUUAAGUUUCGGGGCACACCUUAUUUUCCAACAAUAUGCCUUCAAAAUAUCCACUGUGGGUCCAAACACUAAUGAGGGUUUUUCCUUAUCUGGGUAUAUCCUUUCAACUUGAUAUCCAGAUUUAACCGUAUAUUUUCCAUUAUUUGUGAAAUGCCAUCCUUCAUGGUCAGCCAUCUGAGUUCUACUCAAUGGUAUACUUUCUAUCAAUUUCACAUCAUGUGGGUCCACCAAAGCCCGUAGUAUCGGCGAAUUCCAUCUUCGCAAAUGAGGAUCUAUAAGAGAAUCCACUGUGAGGUCUGGGAAAAGAUUGUGUUGGUUUUUAUUGGCUGGUCUCGGGCGAGUGGUUGGGAGCCAAGGAUCAUUCCAUACUGAUAUAGAUGAUCCUGUUCCCACCCUUUUGAUUAGUCUUUUGCUUACCAGAGAUCUAGCAGAUACAAUACUCCGCCAUCCAUAUGACGGAGAAUAUGAACGAAUCGGAUCCAGGGGUGAUGCAUUCCUGUAGUACCGACCUUUAAAAACUCGAGAAAAUAAAGUAUUUGGUUUCUCUAUCAGUCGCCAUAACUGUUUACUAAGCAUCGCUGUAUUGAAAUCAGUGAUGUCUUUAAACCCUAAACCUCCUUCAUCCUUACUGAUGCAUACUUUAUCCCAUGAUUUCCAAUGCAUUCCUCUUAUGUUGCCGCCAGGGCUCCACCAAUAUUGCGCGACCGCACUAGUCAGUUUUUUUGCAGUAGCCUUUGGUAAACGAUAGCAAGACAUCACAUGAUUUGGCAAAGCCGUAAUCACUGAUUUAAUAAUCACUUCUUUUCCUCCUUUCGUAAAGAACUUAAAAGUCCAACCAUUGACUCUCUUAUUUAGCCGAUCCUGUACGAAGACAAAAACCUGUAUCUUAGAGCCCCCAAGACUUUCCGGCAGACCUAGAUAAUUUCCCAUCCCUCCCAAAUUUUGUAUGCCUAAAAUAUCUCUUAGUUCCUGCCUGGCAGAUUCUUCAAUCUUAUGCCCAAAUUGAAUUGAAGACUUAUCAAAGUUUAUUAGUUGACCUGAAACUUCCUCGUAUUUCUUUAAAAUCCUUAGAAUUGUGUAACACUCUUCCUUUUGAGCCUUAUAGAAGAAGAGACUAUCAUCCGCAAAAAGCAGAUGAGAUAUUGAAGGACAUGCUCUGGCCACCUUGAUUCCUGUUAAUUGUUUUUCCCUCUCUGCCUUCUUGAUAUUCGCUAUUAAAGCCUCAGUGCACAAAAUGAAUAAAUAUGGAGAUAAAGGAUCUCCUUGUCGUAAACCCCUUUGAGGCACAAUGAGCCCCCUAGGUUGUCCAUUUAAAAGGACCCGAUAUUGAACCGAUGAUAUACACUCCACCAUUAGUUUAAUCCAAUGUUCAUGAAACCCCAUUUUCUGUAGUAAUGCCUUAAUAAAUUCCCAUUCUAUUCUAUCAUAGGCCUUACUCAUAUCCGUUUUUACUGCCAUAUACUUUCCUUUACACGCCUCAUUAGUCCGUAAUCCAUGAAACAUUUCCUGUGCAAUAAGAAUAUUGUCAGAAAUCAGUCGUCCUGCCACAAAUGCCGAUUGCGUUUCUGAUACUAGAGAGGGUAGCAACGAUUUCAAACGCUGACAUAAAACCUUCGAAAUAAUUUUAUACCCUACAUUACAUAAACUAAUGGGUCGCAACUCCGUCAUCCUUGUAGGUCUCUCCGUUUUUGGAAUCAUACAUAUAUUAGUAAUAUUUAACCUCGAAUCCAAUUCUCCAGAAACCAAAAAAUCAUUCACCAUGUCCACUAAAUCUCCCUUAAUAAUAUGCCAUGAGUGUUGGAAAAAAAGAGCUGUCAUGCCGUCCGGUCCUGGUGCCUUCUCUGGAUGCAUCAUAAAUAGAGCCUCUCUGACUUCCUCCUCGGUCGCAAUCCUCAUUAGACGUUGAUUCAUUUGUGGAGUUAUGCCCGGUGUUACCUCUGAGAGAAAUUCCUCAAAUCCUGAUGGAGAAGUUGUAGUGAAUAAUUCUUCGAAAUAGUCAACCGCCACUUUCUCUACUCCGUUGUCCUCUGUAAUCCAAUUUCCAUCACCAUCAUAUAGCCCUACUAUCCUAAUACGAACCCUUCUUUGUUUAGUUAAUGCAUGAUAAAAUUUUGUAUUUAGAUCCCGAGAUGAAUACCACAUAUUUCUGCUUUUCUGAUGCCAGUACUCCUCUUCAUCCUUAUAUGCCUCUUGUAACUUUCUAGACACUUCCAAAAUAUCCUCCUGAGAUCUAGUAUCAUCUGUUUGUACUUCCUCUAGAGCCUUCUGUAAAUCUGAUAUUUUUUCCUUCCCAUAAGGGGGAUUAUUUUUCCUCCAUUUUGCUAUUUCAUGACGACAAUUGCUAAUUUUUGCCACUAAACCCCCUCCUGUUCCUCCACUAUUAUCAGACCAUCCCAUAGUGAUUGAUUCAAUAAGGCCUUCUUGUCCUACCCAUCUUUUAUCAAACCUAAAUUGUCCUUUUCUCCUGAUAACUUUAGUUUCUAUGUAAGCCACCACUGGACGAUGAUCCGAUGCCACCAACCCUAAAUAUUCUGUAUAGGAACAAGGAAAUAGCGUGUGCCACUCCUCAUUUGCCAAUGCUCGAUCUAAACGACAUCUAACCGUUACUGCCCCUUUUCCUUUCCCUCUUCUUCCUUGCCAUGACAACUUAUUUCCUUUGGCAGGAAACUCCAGUAAACCACAAUUCCUUAUCAUGUUGUUAAAAGGAACAAAUGAAUUCGCACUUCUCAAAGCUCCACCUUCUUUUUCAUGAUUUCCUGUAAUCUCAUUUAAAUCACCAAUAAUAAACCAUGGCUCGGAUCGGGAAAUUCCAUAUCUAGUUAAACGUUCCCACACUCGUUCUCGCAAAUCUUGAACUGGAUCUCUAUACACAAACGUCAUAUAUACCGUUUUCCCAACGCCACUGCUUCUACAUCUAUCAUUCGAUUACUUGAAUAUAGAAUAUUAACCUGGAACUCAUUAUUGUAAUAAAGCGUCAAUCCACCACUUCGUCCCACUGGAUCCACUGUGACCAGAUUAUCAAAUCCGAAAUGAGCUUGAAAUUUCUGGACAAACUCAAAUUCUUGUUUUGUUUCCGAUAAAAAUAAAAAAUCCGGUUUAUGUUUAUGCCAUAUCUCUGUUAAAUAACUUAUAGUCCACUUACUUCCCAUUCCUCUGCAAUUUCAACUUAGUACUCUCAUUUAAAAAAAUAUAGAAAGCCUCUGCUGAGCUGGCUAAAUUGGGUAUAAUGAGACCCUAAAAUUUCUAAACCCCAUGAUAAAAGGACUGUCUCCACUCCCUCCCUUAAAAAAAUUCCUUGAAGCCUCCAAAGAAACCACUUGUAUAUCCCGUGAGCAAGUAAAAUAUUAGGAAAAUAUCUAAACAAACACAAAUUGCCAAACUCCAAUCGCCUCUUGUAAUUCAUUAUUUUCCCAAAUACCAUAUAAAUUACUAUCUGAAAUAACAACAAAAAGCUCCUAAUUACCAGUUGCCGUAGAACCAAUACACAUAGCAUGUCCAUAAAAUACAAGAAUUCUCGAUCCAUAUAUAAGUAGCCCCAAUCACAAAUCCAAACCAUAUAGUAACAAGACCGACCAAAUGUGCCUCCAGCAAUAUCAUAAUCCCAAAGACCAAUAUAUAUACAAACCAAAAAGACGUAAUUCUUUACUGUUAGCUUGACCCAAUACUUGCUCAACCUACUAUCCAGACACCGUAUAUCUUUGUUCCUGCUAGGGAAGAGACAAAGUGCCAAUAUUGCAAUCCCUAAUGCAAGCCUCCAUGCACCAAAUAAAACCUCAAACCCUAUAACCCAACAUUCAUUUGGGAUUUGAAUUUGCAGAAACCAUCCAUUACCGUGAGAUCGAGCAUCCCACCCUUCUCGUUCUUGGUUACGCUCCACCCCACAAGCCCUUACCCAUCUGCAAGACCUUGCCAACCUGUGAAAGAUACAUUGAGUUCGUGACAGCAUACAAUUAUCGACUCCCACAUUCAUUCCUCGCAUCCCCUUUCCUUCAAACAAGAUACUCAUAUGAAGAAAAUAAAAGAUAUCACCUUUAAGUACAUUCAAGCUAAUCUUAAGAAUGUUUGAAAACAAUUUUUGUUUCUCCUGCAAAAACCUAAUAUCCUUAACGCACCAACCUCCAUAAGUUAAAUUGAAAACCCCCAAACCACGAAGAAAAAUCCCUUUAAAAUCCAAGUGCCUCCAUAUUUUUCCCCCUAAAAAAUGAUGUAAUCGGGAAGACAGAUUACCACUUUCCAAAAUAGAAGCGAAAGAGGAUCUUUCGAUUAUACCAAAUCCCAUACCUUGUAAUCCGUAUGAUUGAUCUUCUGGAUACUGCAUCCAUAUGAAAGAUCCCAAUAAUAACCAUUUCCUAACAACCGCGAUCCUUCUUCCCAACCUAUGGAAAGCCCGUGGAUCACCCCUCAAUGUUAUCGCUAACGAAUCAAAAUCCAAAUCUCCAAUAGACGAAUUCGAUUUGCUUUCCCUUCCCCCAAGCCAUAGAUCUCCUCGAUCCCCAAUCUUCCUCUGAGAUCCCGGAUCCCAAUCUCGAUCAAUCAUCAAAACCCUAGAAAUAUAUCGCCAUCGCCGUCGCCAGAGCGUUUUUCGCCGCUAUCACACAUUACUAUAAUUCUAAAAACCUGUAGAAACCGAUUUCUAUAGAUUAGAUGUAUUCUACGGAUAAGAAAUCAGUUCCUAAAAAUAUGGAAACAAAAUAUUUGGGAAUAUUCACUUUCAUAUUUAAAAAAAAAUCGAUUUAAAAAAAACCAAAAAAAAUGAAUUCGGUAUUUAUUAUAUUUAAAAAUUACAAUUUUAAGGACAUUAUUACCAUUUUAAAAAUAAUUAGCUUAAUAGGACAUAAAGUAUAUGAGAUUAGUUUAAAAGGACAUAGUUAUCAUUUUUUUGCUCUAAAAAAAAACAAUUUUCCCAUCUUUUUUUUUCUUUUGGACAAAUGCUUCUCUUUAAUACUAGUUCUUAUUUCUUAAUGAUACAUACAUAUAGUAAAUGACAGGUUUAAAAAAGUAGUAAAUGAAACAUUUAAAAGAAGUAGUAAAUGACACACAUAUAUAUACAAAAUUUAACUUUAAUAGCAGUAGCACUGAUCUGUUUUCUAUCUAGUAACGAAGAGUCUCUCGACUGAAAACAGACUUAUUUAGUUAUAUGUUUUAUUCGUUAACUAGAUAUUGACCCACACGACCGUGUGGAUUUAUUUUAAUAUAAAAAUAUUUUAGGUUAUGUAAUAAAAUAUAUCAAAAAAUUAAUAUAAUUUGGUGGUAUAUAUUAUCUAAUUUUAUAAUAAUAUUAAUGUGGUGUAUAAUAUUGUUUCUAUAAAAUUUAUAAAUUUUGUAUUUUUGUUACAAAAUGUAAUUUAAAAACAUUAUUAUAUAACAAUACUGACUUACAUAGUUUUUAUUUUAUUUCUAAAUUUGAAAUAUAUGUGAAAAUUAAAUUUAGUUGAACCUACAUAAUAGAAAACUUGUUAUAUAGUCAUUAAUUAAGCCAAUUUAGUAUAGUUGUUUAAAUAACAAACCAAAUUGGUUUUUAACUCAGGCGAAUACACAGACGUUAAUAACAGUAGACUAAACUCUUAUAUAUGCGAUAUGAAUAAAAUCAAAUGUUUCAUAUAUUAAGUGAGGUGUAAACUAAUUGUAUUACAUGGUUAAAGCAUAUAAAGGUAUGACUUUUAAUUAAUGGUCUAGAUUAAAAAGAACAUCACAUAUGAAAUAAGUCGUAAUAUAUGUGCUAAAUAGAUAAGAUAUUUUUAUUUUUAAAUUGGAAAUAGAAAUGAAUAUUUCUUUUUUUUUAAAAAAUUAAAGAUAUUUCUUAAAUUUAAUUUUGAAAAUUUAAAUCAAUUUAAAAUUUUUAUUAUCAUUAAAAUAUUAUUAAAAGUAUAUAUAUUAUUAUUAAUUUUUGUUUACAAUCAAAACUAAACUAAAAUUAUCUUCUAACUAUACUUUGUGAUAAUUUUAAUUUUAAUCAACUAAUUUUGAAAAUAUAUUUUUAAAAGAUUCUAAAAGAUAUUUGAAAGAUUUUGUUAGACAUUUGUUUAAGAUAUUUAUUAGUAUUUCAAAAAAAAAGAUAUUAAAAAAUAUUAUCAUUAAGUUAUGUAAAAUUUUAAAACAUUUUUAAGGAUGGUUCAAAUAACAAAUCAUACAUAAAAGAAGUCAUGACUUCUAUUUUAAUAGUAUAAACUAGAUUUUGACCCGCGCUUUUAAAGCGCGGGAUUCUUUUGUUGAUUUUUUAUUUAUUUAGAAGUGCAUUAACAUUUUAGGUAAUGAAUAUUUUUCAUGCACCAUCCAUUAAAAAUUAAAUUUUUGAAGCAAAUUAAGUUCUUAUAAAUGUACCUGAUUUUAUAUAUUUAAUAGAUUAUUUUAUCAGAUAAAAUUUUAACAUGUGCUAACUGCAAGAUCAUAAUAUUUAAAACGUAAAUUUAACCUGUACCAAAAAAAUAUCAGAAUAUUUUUAUUGAAUAUAUUUCAAAAUGUUGUUAUUGAUUUAUUAAGUUUUUAUUUUAUUUUAAUGAUAUGAAAUUUAUCCUAUUUAGGUGAGAUUUAAGUUUCUGAUAAAAAUGUUAAAUACUUUUAUUUCAUCAAAUAUACAAAAUAAACAUAUUCAAAUGAAUACAUAUAUGUAAUAACUAUGAAUUAGAUUAACACUACAUGGAAUUUAUUAUAAAAUUUGCAGACCCGUAAUAUAAAAUACAUUAUAAAUAGUAUAUAAUCAAUAUGAUAUAUCUGUUAUUUUUAAAAAUAACAAAAGAAAAAUUGUUAGUACUGCAUUUUGGACGUAUGGAAAUGGAACCAAAUGCUCAUAUAGCUAAAUUUGUAUUCCAAUACAAUAUUCAAACUCUUGUUCAAUUUUAGACUAUUUAAAGAUUCUUUUAAUUUUUCAUUUUAAGAUUUUUCUACUAUAUCUUAAAAAAAUUAAAAUUUAUUGUUUAAUAUUUAAUUAUUGAUAUGUUGUAGCCAUUUUUAAUAUGACAGAAUUAUUCUUAAUUACAUAUGAUAACUAAAAAAAAAAUUUAAUAGCAUUUUCAUGAUAUAACAUUGAUAUUGAAUAUAAUAUAUUUUAUAUAACGGGUCUGCAAAUUAUCUAUUUUAUUAUAACUAAUGAUGCAAAUCUUAUAUUAAAAUAAGGUUUUUGGAUGCUUAGAGCACCCGCAAUGGUGUUACCCAAAGAGGAGUCUUUAGAAAAAAUGUAUUUUGAUUUUUUAAAUAUUAUUUUUUUUCUUUUUUAGGUAAAAAAAUAAAAAAAUAUCAACCAAUCGCGGGUCGCCACAUGUCGUGGAGACCCGCAAAUAGUGCAAGGAUUCACUAAAAAAUAGUCCUUGUUUAGAUAUUUUAAAUAUUGAAUCUUUAGCUUUUGGUGAGGUCUACUGAUAUUUAUAUACAAUGACAUAUUCCACUUUAAGUCAUCCCUAUUUAAAUUUGUUUAUGGUACACCAUGAAAUUAAUUUGAUUUACAAAUUAAGUCAUCCCUAUUUCGUAUAUAAUGGAAUAAUAUAUGUACCACCAAAACAUUUUAAAUAGCUAUUAACAUAUCGUCUCUACCGAUAAGAUUAGAGAAACCACGCGAUAUCCACAAAACAAUGAGUACGAUUGGUUUAGACUUCAGAGCCUUUUACUUUUUUCCUAAAUUCUCCAGAAAAAACUUUUCAAUAAGAUUUUUUAUGUUUAAAAUCCUCAAAGUUCUCCUAAAAUUUCUCACAGCCCACUUUUUGUUACUUUCAUUUGUUCCGUUAGUUUUUUCUUAAAACCCUUUUCAUUAUUACACAAAGCAUUAAAAGUUUGAACAACAACUUCUUGUAAAAACCACAUCCAUGACAGUUCAAACCAAUCACGUGAUUGUAUAUUCCUCCAACUGAGACAUCUAUUACUACACUCUUUUGUGUAACUAUAUAGCACCUUGUUUAUUGCUUGGAUACAGACACGUAUCAGUUGUAUGAAAACAGUCGUACAUUGUGAGGCUACCAAGGUCAACCGUCGUACACUCCACUCUUUUAUUAUACCCAUCACCAUCAUUGAGCAACUAAACUGUAUACUCAGAAACCAAUUCUUCUCCAAUCUACUGCUUUGAAUCCUGAUAUGGUUAGAAGAGAUUUCACCAGAGACACCAAAGGAAACAAAGAACUUCGGAGAGGUAAUACUAUGGUUUAAGAAGAUCGAAACUUAUGCCAAAAGACCAACCUCCUAGUCUUCCAACCACAUUCAAACUCCCUAUAUGCUAUCGACUCCGACCUCAAACCUUUAAAGGCAUGACAAAGAUCCUCUUUCAAGACAGCAAUAUUUUCUUGUCCCACCAUUAGAAACCUCGAAUCUCCAUAGAUUAUUCUUCACAACUCCGUCUUGGAGAUCUUUUUUCCUUGUUAACAAACUCCUAAUACGAUCUUGAGAAUCCUGAAACCCAAAAUUAACACCCACAUAAUCUUUAGUUCAACCACUCAUUGCUGUCUUCAGAUUAUAAUUGCUACCCUUAAGACUCCCGAGUUGCAUAACCAUAUUAAUUCAUAUUCUCAAAAUCUAAAAAUCUACACCAUAUAUAAAGAUAUCAAAAAUUCUGAGACAGGUUUGUUAACUUUUGUCGAAUCACUUCACGCCGAUUAUAGAGUUUGUGGACCCUGAUAAUCCUCUAUUAAUCGCAGAGAUCGUAAUCAUAGAUUUCAUCAAAAAGGUGGAGGCAUUGCCAUGAUAUAUAUUCCCUUUUUGAAACCCUAUGGUGUGGUAUUGAUAUCUAUCUAUUAAUCUCAGUACUCAAUAGAAAGACCCAACAUCAGUACCUUAGUUGUCGUCUUUAAGAAAUGAUUUAAAACACUCUCAAAACCACCGAUAAACAGAUCUGUGCAGAUUCUCCAUUGCAAAACCUUAGAUCUCCAUCGAAGGUAGCAUAUACCAGAAAGAAUACACGGACCUUGAUUGAUUCGCCUCACACACAACAUAGAAACCAUAGAUGUGGAUAAUCACCUCAGUCUUAAUUUAAGCCUUCAUAAACGUGAACAUAAGUUGGAGCCGAAGUUAAAAGGUAAGGAAAUUAAAAUCAAUAGUUUGUUGCAUCGUUUGAGUUAAUUACGCUGAAAAAGAAAUUAAACAAUAAAUGUUUUUUUUUUGAUAUAUCUAUAAUACAAAGCAUAUGUUAAAAAAAAUCCAAUGGCAAAAAUCCGUAAAUACUUUAAAAUUUCAAGGGGACCUAAAAAAAAGCCCUUCAGUUUUAAUAGUAUUGAUAUCUACUUAGCUCGAAUCAAUUGACAAAUUUUUUUUGAACUUUUAUUUUGUAAAAAUAAUGUGCUUUAUUUAAAUUUAUGCAUCAAUAUAUAUGUUUAUGUAUAAAACGACACUGUAAUUUUUUCCACAGUAAUAUUUUCUCGAACCUGAACCAGACACAACCGAAAUAGACGAUGUAUAACUAUUCAACUACAAAACUGAUAAAUAAACUUCAUGAAGUGCUGCAUAUAUAUGUAGAAGUAGAACAAAGUACGUAUAUACCUGGCAUUAAACUUUUCCAAAAAUUGGAAUCUUGAUUAAUUCUUUAUUUGAUUAUUUCUAUAAAAAUAUGUACAAGUACAUGUACGUGUUUUCCGUUUAUAGGAAUUUUGUUUGUGUGUAUAGCUAAUGACACAAUUUCAUGUAUUACUAUUUAAUGAAAAGGUUACCUGUUGGAAGAAGAGAUCAUUAUCAUGACAAAAGAGAUCUUUAUUUACGUCCAACGAGAAACAAUGAAGCUCUCUAGUUUCAAAAAUAAAAUAAAAAUGAAGCUGUCUAGACUCUAGGGUUUCAUGAAAAUCAUUUUUAGCAUUUUAUUUAUACUUUGUACCUAUUUAGAAUCUAUUUUAGUUAUAUAUCCUCUAUUUUGUAUUUUCCCUUGGCAUUAGAGUUUGGUCCUUCAUGAUUCUUACACUGCGGAGUUAUACUGAAAAACAACUUUUCAUCAAAAAUAGUAACGAGAAAAUCUAACAAAAGGAAAUAUCUAUUGAGUUCCAAAGAUGAUUGUCCUAUAAGUGACAAAAUAUAAGACAUUGACAAUUUGCUUUUGAUCAUUUUAUAUUUUCUAAUGGUCUUUAAAGUCGUUUAUCUCACUAACUAACCAAAAUCAGAUCAACCCUUUCUCUUUUAUCUUCCUAUCUCUCUUUGCAUAAAAUCAUAAGAAACUUUAUUCAAACACUCUAAAAUCAUUUGAAAACUUUAAACUCAGUAACUUAAAAUAUUUUUAAUAACAGUGGAUUUCAUAGUACUUUAUGAAAUAUCAAGUUUAAUAACAUUGAUUUUAAAUGAGUUUUUGAAUUUUAUUUUUAAAUAGCAAUGAAUUUGUCAUUUUAAUGCAAAUAAUUUCAUACUCUAAGUUGAAUACACUCCCCUUAUGGUUUAGAUUUGAAGGGUGAGAUCUAAGUCUUUUAAAAAUAAAUAAAUACUAAAUUUAAAAUACAUUUUUAAAAAUAUUUUUAAAACGAAUUUUCAAAAUUCAAAAAAGUUUCAUAAAAAUUUGAGACUGUGCGAGCGUACUUGGCGUCGGCUGGGAGUUUGUACUUUGUUGUAGCCGCGUACAAGUGAGACUGUGCGAGCGUAUGAACGUCCUGAAAGUUGAUAAUAAAAUCAAUGGCUUCACCAUGGUGCUGCGUCUUGUUCGGUGUAGUAGCCAGAUCCAACGGACCAUGAGGAACAAGACCAUACACAAUAUAAAAAGGCCAACCUCAUACUGCGAUUUGUGGCAUGAUUAUGAGCAAAUUCAGCUUGACCAAGCUUAGUGUCCCACGACUUUAUGUUAUCUCCCACAAGGCAACAAAGUACAUUACCCAAAAGAACGAUUCACGACCUCCAUUUGACCAGAGGAUGGUAAGCUGAACUCAUGUCAAGAGAAGUGCCUAACAAUUUCCAUAAGGACCCCCAUAAGUGACAUAGAAACCGUGUGUCUCGGUCGGAGACGAUAGACGUCGGUAGAUCAUGCAACCUAUAUAUCUCGUUGAAAAACAAAGUAGCAACACUUAUGGCGUCGGUGGUCUUCUUGCAUGCGAUAAAGUGGACCAUUUUAGAAAAAUGAUCAACCAAGGCAAAUAUAGAAUUUCCUCUCUUGUUCCGAAGUAGUCUCAACACAAAAUCCAUACUAACGUCGGACCAAGGCUGAUUAGGAAUUGGAAGCGGAAGAUACAAACCUUCAUUAUAAGCUUUGCCUUUAGCCAUUUGGCAGACACUACUACUCGACGAAUCUUUCCACAUCCCUUCGAAAUGUAGGCCAAAAAUAUGAGUCCAUCACUAACUGAAACAUUCUAUAUCUUCCCACAUGUCCCUCGUUAUGUAGUUCACUGACUAUCUUCAAUCGUAGGCUGCAUUCAGGAAUACAAAGACGUAAUCCCUUGAAAAGAAAACCAUCAUGUACUGUGUAGUCGCUUUGCAGGUUGUGCUUGGCCUCGUGGUAAGUGCGACCAAAGAACGGGUCGGUCGGAUACAUAUCCGCAAAUGACGCAAACCUUAUAACCGACGAAUGCAUAGUGGUUAACAAACUAUGCCGUCGACUGAGUGCAUCGGCCAUGCGGUUGGUCUUAUCGGACUGAUGCUUGAUGACAAAGGUAAAUUCUUGAAAAUAUGAAAUAUAUGCUUGAUGUCGUGCCGAGACUUUGUCUUGACUUUCCAAAUGUCGCAAAGCGUCUUGGUCUGUGAAAAGAACGAACUCGCGGCGAACCAAGUAGUGGCACAAGUGUUUAAUCGCCUGAACGAUAGCAUAGAACUCCACAUCGUACGUUGAUACACUAAAAUUGUGUCUUGCUCUACUGCAAGCUAACAGUGUAGAUGUAGUAUUUGAGAUUCAAUUCCAGAGGACCAGUUUACACUUUAUUCUUAUGAGUUCUUAAUUUAGCUAAAACAAUGAAGGGGUUUUGAUUUGAGGGGAUGUGCAAAGCAAGUAAAAUAAUGUAAAAGUGAAUUCAACUUAAAAGAAGCCAGGCUAGGGUUAGUUCAUCGGGUGCUAAUACUUGUGAGCUGAACAAUUAUUCAAGCGCUAAUAAGAGCAGGUCCAGAACUCAGAUCACUCAAGUAGAACAGUCCACUGUCGUGGUACUGCUCCCUAUGUCGAUCGAUCUUGAUACCUAAACUCUCAUUUGGAUCAAGACACGACAGCAAGCAGUAGAGAUCAAGUCCGAUAGGUUCACCAAACACCCUAAUAUCUACAUUCGCUGAUUAGGGAUGAUAGGCUCAUUCAUAACAUGUCUAGCAACCUAUUACACGGUUAAUGAAUAUAUUAAACCUAAGUUCAUGCAUUAAAUGGCCAGAUUAAUGCAAGCAGUAAGGAUGGAUAUAAACGAAGACAACAAAAUGAUUCACUUAUCUAUGUUUAGCUCACGUGAUUAACACCCUAGAACCCUAGACAAGCUAGCGGACUACUCAGCCAUGACACAAGAAAACACAAGCAUCAAUACUGAAUAAUACUGCAUAAGAGUAACAUAAACAAAAAGAGGGUUCAGGAUAAUCUUCUCUGGACGAGAGAGAUGGAGCCGUCUCCCUUUACAAGGUAGCAAAAUCACAAUAUGAAAAGCUCUCGCGUCGUUUCUCUCUGAAAAAGAAGCAAAGAAUCAUAAAGAGAAACAUAAAAAGAAGAUACAUGGAAGCCACAUGCGGCUGGGAGAGAAAAUAGGGAGAGUGGGAAAAAUCCCAAAAUAGGUUGUAGUUUCUUUAAAAAUCUAUGCCGCUGGAACAUGCACUCGGGUUGCUCCGCUCGAUAGGGAACAAUCACUUCAGACUAUUCUGCAUGAAAAUCACCAAAUUGCACUGUUUUCCGCCUCUUUUGCUCCAACUGGUCCAUCACCCAUCCAGUGCAACUCCAAACCUGAAAUGACUCGAGAAAGACUAGGAAGACUCGAUAAAAACC